AUGGAUAUUGAUUCUGAAUCAUUAUCAUCAACAACAAUUGGUAUGUCACAUCACUUAGAUGAAGAAUUAAUGGGACGAUUACGUUCAAUAACAACUAAUAAUCGAGAAGAUUUAAUCACCCAGUUUCGUACGACAACCAAUGCAAUGUUGACAGAUGAAGGUUGUGCAUUUUUUCUCGAAAUGAAUAAUUGGAAUUUAAAUGAAGCUAUACUUGCUUAUUAUGAUGCUGAAAUGCCAACAGAUAAAGUUCCACAUAUGAAAUUUAUUGCUGAUGUUACUGUUGGAGAAGGUGAAGCUAUUCCACCAAAUACAAAAUUUGUUAAAACUUGGAGAGUACAAAAUUCUGGUACUGAACGUUGGCCAAAUAAUUGUUCAUUACGUUUUGUUAAUGGUGAUCGUUUACACGAUCGAGAUGAAAUCUAUGUUUCUUCAUUAGCACCCGGUGAACAAACAAAUAUUUCGAUUAAUGUAACCAGCCCAACUGGAGCUCGUAUGAUUCGUUCGCAAUGGCGAUUAUUUACACCGGCCGGUGUACCAUUUGGAGAUCCUAUAUGGUUAGCUGCUAGCGUCGAAGAAGGAGGAUUAAUGGGUAUUACUCAACAACUUGAACAAUGUCAUUCUCUUGGUAUGAAUGUUCAUCAUAAUAUUAAUUAUCCACCAUAUAUGAAUAAUCAAGUUGGUGCGCAACCAACACGUAAUUCACAUUUUCAAUCACCUCCAUUUCAAUCUACUCGAUAUGCACAACCUGGUCUCAAUCCAACUUCAUCAAAUGAAACUGGAUGGACGAAUUAUUCUCUCGAUUUUUCUCCAAGAAAUAAUAGUAAUCAUCAAACAAUGGAUCCUUCAACAACAUCAAAUGGAAUGAUAGAUGACAAUUCUUUGGAUACAUUCUGA